GGGGGCGGAGUCAAAUAGGGAGGUGGAGCGUAUGUGUGCCAACACGCUGCCAUUGGUCAGCUCCUCCGGCCCUCCCCCUCUCCCCGCCCCUCCACUAGAUGCAGUGAGCAAGGGGGGGAGUAUAAAAUCUGUCCACCACCUCCUCUUGAGUCAUACACACACUCUCGCUGCCUCCGGUGACGUGCAUGCGCCUAGAGCAACACAGCCGCCUCACUGAGACACACGCUCAGAGGCACACGGGGCAGAGAGAGACAGCCAGCGAGAAGGAGAGAGGAGGCAAGCCAAGGACACGAGCCAAACAGUGGACUACUUUGAAGACUUUAGCGAAGAACACACGAUUAUAUAUCUGCCGCAGUUCCAGCGCAGCCCUGAGGGUCCAUCCGUCUCACACUUUAGCCGAAGCCCCGUCCUGUCCGACUGUAGUCUGCGGCGCCACAGUGAGCAGGAUCUUUCGGAUGGGUCACACAAUGAGGAACCUUGCUGAGAUGGGCUUGCUAAAGAAUCGCUCCGCUUUCAUCUGCAGGCCCACGCCAGAGGAGGCACUGAAGUGGGGCGAGUCGCUGGACAAGCUGCUGGUGCACAAAUAUGGCCUGGCAGCGUUCCGAGCGUUCCUGCGCACCGAGUUCAGCGAGGAGAACCUGGAGUUCUGGUUGGCCUGCGAGGACUACAAGAAGGUCAAGUCCCAGUCCAAGAUGGCGUCCAAGGCCAAGAAGAUCUUCGCCGAGUACAUCGCCAUCCAGUCAUGUAAAGAGGUGAACUUGGACUCGUACACACGGGAACACACCAAGGACAACCUCCAGAGUGUGGCGCGCUCCUGCUUCGACCUGGCCCAGCGCCGGAUAUACGGCCUGAUGGAGAAGGACUCGUACCCCCGCUUCCUGCGCUCCGAGCUCUACCUGGACUUGGUCAACCAGAAGAAAUCCAGCGGCACCUCCACGUCCUCGUCCUCGUAGGAGAAGACGGGGGCGGGCGGAGAAACUAAAAGGAGCCACGGACGAUGAGAGCGGAGGAGGGUGGAGGGGGCAGAUGCUCAAGAGAGAGAGAGAGAGAGAGAGAGGAAGAGAGAAACACAGACACUUUGAGUGGGUUUCCGUUUACGUCUCCUUAUUUGCCUUUUUUGUUUUUGGGGCUUUUUGUUUUGGUGUCGCGGUAGCCACACCACCCGGCCACUGUGAUGUGUGUUUUUUUGAUUUUAGUUUUUUUGGUGGUUACGGUGAGAGAGAGAGAGAGAGAGAGAGAGAUGACCAAGCUAUGGCACUGCAAAGAAACGAUGUUUACUCAACGAAGCCGCGUGGAUAGAUGGAUGUGUGGACGGAUGGAUGGAUGGAUGGAUGGAUGGAUGUGUGGACGGAUGGAUGGAUGGAUGGACGGAUGGAUGGAUGGUUAGGACGUGUGGGUGGAUGGAUAGUAAAAAAAAAAGAUAUUGUGGCCAAUGAGGGGGCCAAAACAGGAGCUGGAUUCUUCUCUGAUCGCUGUACUGUUUUUGGUUUCACAGACUUUAAUGUUAUUUCUGUGUAUUUAAGUUGUUGUUUCCGGUUGGACAAAGGUAGGCGGAGGGGGUAUGGACACAAGCCCCCUUGCUGACAUGAAGACAGUCCGGUACUGUCCGGUCACACCCCCACCCCCACCCUCCUGUUCUUUUCCCCGUUUUUUUCCGAGCUCCUCCACCUCCUCCUCGGGAAGCCAGUGUGAAGCUGUUUUGUUUUUGGUACGAUCCUGUGUUUUGUUUCUUUUUCCCUGUUUGAACGUCAACGCUGUCUAAGACAUGGGUGGGUGGGUGGGUGUAGGGGGGGGGCAUGGGGGGGAGUGGGCUCAUGACAGUCGACGUGUCGGAAGUGACGACCGCUGGUCGAUAACUAGAACUUCAGUUCGAUAUUCCGCACGCUGUAGCGCCGCAGUGCACGACAACGCAAGAACCCAAACGAGAAACAAUCACACAUUCUCGCCUGACGGGAGGUGGCGACCACAGGCCUCUCUGUGUACAAAAAAGAGAAAGAGUUCCUGCUUGGUUUGAAUUCAUCACAAACAACAUUAUGCCAAGUGACGCCACCGCGAGGGAGGAACAAAAAAAACAGCAACAACACAAGCGUAACCAGGAACGCACAAACACGCGCCUGGCAUCCAACGCGGGUGUGCGUGUCCGUUGCGUAGAACACAACAAACAGACGAAAAAAAAGAAACGGGCUAAAAGAGACUUUCUGCCCGUCUUCAAAGACUGUUCGCAGCGGACGACGAGACGAAAAGAACGGAAGCAAACGCUUGCAAAAUGUUUGCACGAGCCAAAAACACACAAGGCGUUUGUUUUUCCACUGUAGCUGAUCCAGGGCUCCUCGAGGAAGCCUUCUCAGGACAUUAAAGCGCUCCACGUUUGAUGUUCACCGCUCUGUUUAAACUUGUUUGGAAAUGUCUUCUGCCGUUUUCUUCUGUUUGUUUUUUUACGUGUAUAUUUUUUCCUCUUUUUUUUUUAUAUCUGCGUUAGGUAUAAUAUCUGCACUCCAUAAGUAUACCGGGCACUAAGUAGAUCUUGCUCAUAUUUUUGUCAUAGACACGGUUAAAGGAAGAAGUAACAAAUUUGUGUUUAUUGUAUAAAGUUUGCAUAAAGUUUGCCUAUUUAUUUAGAUAACGUUGCAGAACUGCUUUCUCUAUCUCCCGAUAUCACUUCCUUCAGCUCAGAGCGCGUUCUCUUCCUCUUUAAAACCACAAACUACGAAACAGGUCACGUGCAGACCCGAACUUUAAGUGCAAUAUUUAUAUAUUUCUUUGGUGCGUUCUUUUUGUUUUUAUUUUUACGAGGGCGGGGGGGGGGCGGGGAUAUAAAACAGCUUAAGCUCUAUAUAAAUACAACUAUUUGUUAAGAGAAAAAGACACAUAACUUAGAGCUAUAAGGUUGACCAUAAGGACUUAAAACGUAAAAGGAGUGUGAAGUAGUUUUGAGUUUUACUGCAUUAUUAUUAUUAACUGUGCGUGUGUGAUCUCUGGCAGCAGGCAGCCGGGGACGUUACCGAUGUAAAUAUAAUUCUUUAAGAAAACGGACAAGAGAAAAAGUUUGUUUUAAAAAAAGAAAUCGACAAAAAAACAAAACAAUAGGUCUUGACAUGUCGUGAGCGUGGGGCCUGGCUGAAAUACGAUAAGAUAACAGGAUGUUGUCAUGAAUAACCAUGACAACAACACAAGGUGGCUGGUACGUUGGUGCGGCCACGGUCAAAAACACAGCUUGUAAGGAGUUAUAUGGACUACAGUUUCAUCAUUUUCACUGUUUACAAUGGAAGACGCGUCUCCUAAGGUAGCAAGCAAAGUUGAAAUAGAGUACAUUUGGUGUCAUUGCUAAUGAACAAUAAAAACUACCAACUGAUGAAGUCA